GUUAAUUGACAGUUGGCAGCAUUGGUUGUACAAACGUCAAAAAAGUGUGAGAGAAAAGUGUCGCUUGUAGUUUCUUUGUCCAAUUACAACAAGAUUAUAUUUAAUAAAAAAAAAUAGUCGUGAUUAGAUCUAAAAGUUCCAGUUAACUACUCAUUUAAAUUCAUUAUCCAACUUUUGGGGAAAAAUGUCCAAUAUUUUUUCUAGAAAUAAUCGACCUCAACAAACAUGGAGUCAUGAUCGCGUAAGUGAUCGGGAUAGGAAAGUAACGUUUAAAAAUCACAAAAAUAAAUCCAAUCGCCGUGAUAACAGAGACUGGACUAACGCAAUACGUUCGCAUUUGGAAGAUGAAGAUGUUGAUAUGGGGAUUAACGCCGGCUCCAGCAGAAAUAUUAAACUUAACAAAAGCAAAAAAAGUGGCGGUAGAAGUAGACAAAGUUCCCCUUCGCCUCAUAACAAAAGGAAAUUGUUGGAAGGACCUUCCAACUGGUAUAAGGUCACAUUACCCCAUGGUGAUAAAUAUGAUAAAUCGUAUAUUCUUAAGAUGCUAGUGGAUAAAAUGGCCCCGACGCAGUUUUGGCCUAUAGCUUGGCAAGUAUUCGGUACAACUGUAAAUUUCUAUGUGGACGAUUAUAAAAUAGCUCAGAAACUCAACAACCUCGAUAGACAAAUACAAUUGCCCAACGGUUUUAAAUUACUCAUCAGAGUUUACGCCGGUACACCAAACGUAGAUAUGACUGUAGCUUUGAAGGAAAAAAUCAAAUUAGUAAUGGCCCGUCGUUACAAUCCGGCAACUAAAGCAUUAGAUUUAACAAAGUUUCACGCCGAUCCCGAAUUGCAAGAUCACUUUUGCGCUCUAUUUAAACCCAUAGUAUUUUUGGCCGUCAUUGAUAUCAUAGCCGAGAACAUUCCCGAUUUGGAAGCUUUGAAUUUGUUUGAUAAUAAAAUGCAGAUGCUGAGUUUUGUUAAGAAAAUGAACCAGAAGUUACCCAACCUUAAAAUAUUACAUUUGGGAAAUAACAAAAUUAAAGAUAUAUCACAAUUGGAUGCUUUGCAAGGAUUGCCAAUUGUAGAUUUAAUGUUGGAUGGGAAUCCGCUUUGUGAUAAAUUUAAGGACAAACCGUCUUAUGUUAGUGAAGUUAGGAAGAGGUUCCCCAAGUGCAUGAAAUUGGAUGGCGUAGAUCUACCACCACCUAUCGGUUUCGACAUCGUAGAGGAACAGCAUUUACCAAAUUACCAACAGACCUUUUUGUGCAACUCAGAUGGUGGUAGCAUAGUUAGACAAUUUCUCGAACAAUAUUUCUCGAUAUACGACACUGAUAACAGACAGCCUCUUUUACAAGCCUACCACGAGAGAGCGACGUUUUCUUUAACUAUGGGAUACCCUUCGGGUUAUUCGAAAGACAUUAAAGGAGUACCGUGGUUGAAUUGGUACGCCACAGAUAACAGAAAUUUACUUCGAGUCAACGAUCCAGACAGGAGAUUCAAGUUAUUGAAACAAGGACAAGUAUCAGUCGUUUCGUUUUUACAAGAAAUGCCGCAGACCAAACACGACAUGCACAGUUUUUCAGUCGAUUUGUCAAUAUUUACGCCUCAGAUGUUGUGUCUAACAGUAACCGGUAUGUUUAAAGAAUUAAAGAGUGGCCAUAAAGUACCCCCGUUGCGUUAUUUCUACAGAACGCUCGUAAUAGUACCGGCCGGUGCUGGGUUUUGUAUAGCAAAUGAAAUGAUGCAUGUAUCUAAUGCCACCCCGAAACAAGCAAAAGAAGCUUUUAAAACCACAGUGAACGUAGCACCGGCUACUACUCCACCUCGGGUUCCUGUAGCUACAAUAACAUCCCCCGGACCAGAUUCUGCCGCCAAAGAGGAAAUGGUUAAACAAAUGGCCGCUCAAUCUGGAAUGAACCUCGCGUGGUCUUUGAAAUGUCUCGAGGAAACGCAAUGGGAUUUCCAAACAGCUAUGAUAACUUUUCAAAAUUUGAAUGCUCAGGGUGUCGUACCUCAAGAAGCGUUUAUAAAAUAAUUCUAGUUUAUAACGGAAUGUGGAUGAAAACAUUUCUAAUAUUUUUUUAUAUAUAUAUAAACCUACAAUCUAAAAAAAUAUCAUUUAUUUAGACUCGAUUAUGAGAAUUAUAUUUCUACUUUUCAAAUUGUAAGGAUUCUUAAGGAUUUUGUCAUGCUAUUAAUGAAUCGCAAGUAUUUUCAUUUUUUCUGUUUUAAGAAAAUUUGAAAAUAAAUUUUAUUAUCGAUUAUAUUUUCCUGAAUAAUUCAAGAUUUUAAUGGCAUGAUCAUUUUUUGUACCUAAUAAUUAUCUAUGUAAAAUGUUUUCAUUUGUAUUUGUUUUACCAAAAAAAAUUACGUUUAUAUUAUUCUUGCUUUUAUUUCGUUAACUUUAUUCGUCUACUUGCUGGUAGGUCAAAUAUACCAUAAAAAUACAAAAUCAACCGUUGUUCCAAGUUUUACAUUUUCUUUGUUAUUUUUAAUUUAUUCUUUUACUUUUAUGUACUUACACAUUUUUAUGGGUUCGAGUGCUAAUUUUAUAUGUACCAUCAAACCAAAUUCUUUCUACUUUGCCCUAGUAUCAAUUUGAAAAUAUAUUCCAUGUCCCUAUGUGGAUUCAAUUUAUUUAACUACGGUUCUUGUAAAAAACUCCAUUUCGAUUUUUUCCUAAAAUACUCAACUAUUUAGUUAGCUACUUACUAGUAGGUCAAAUGCACCAUAUUAUAUAUUCACUUUCAGAUUUUAUGUUGAUUUUUUCUGCAAAUAGUCGUUUAUUUGGAUAUCUACUUACUAGUAGGUCAAAUGUACCAGAAAAUGUGAAUAUAUAAAACCAACUCUUGUUCCAAAUUUUGGUUUUCUUGAUUAUCUUUAUUUCUUUUCAUUGGGUGGAUUAUAAAUAUUUCCUUUGUUUCACUUAUUCAAAUUUUAUCCUUAUAUGAGCACGAUGAAAUAUAGGUCGUUAUUUUGAGUUGUAGAUUUUUUUCUUUGUAACAACAUUGGAAUGUAGGUUUAGUUGGAAUUGUAAAUAUUUUGUAAUAUACAGAUUAGCAUUGAUGUUUAUUUUUGUAUGUUUUUUGUGAUUAAAUGUACCUGUACAUAAAUAUAUAGGAAUUAGUUUGUUUUUUUAAAUAAAUUUUGUUUAAAAAGCUUUUAUUAAUUUCUUAACUUCCUUUCUCUGUCGGGGGGUUUAAAUUUAAAUUAACAGAAAUUAGUUCAAAUG